AUGAUGGAAUUUAUGCUUUUAUUUUCCCGUCAAAGUAAACUUAGAUUACAAAAAUGGUAUAAACCAUAUCCUGAAAAGGAGAAAAAAAAAAUAACAAGAGAAUUGAUAGCUCAAAUAUUGGCACGUAAACCUAAAAUGUGUGCUUUUCUUGAAUAUAAACAUUUAAAAAUUGUUUAUAAAAGAUAUGCUUCUCUUUAUUUUUGUUGUGGUAUUGAGCAAACUGACAAUGAGUUAAUGUGUCUAGAAAUAAUACAUCGUUAUGUAGAACUUUUAGAUAAAUAUUUUGGUUCUGCUUAUUUUAUGUUGGAUGAGUUUAUAUUGGCAGGAGAGGUUCAGGAGACUAGUAAGAAACAAGUAUUACAAAGUAUUAAUAGUCAAGACAUGAUUCAAGAAGAAGAAACUCCACAAGGAAUUUUUGAAGAAAAUGGCCUUGGUUAA